AAUAUCUUUGAUGUAUUAUAGAUUGUCUAUGUGUUAGACCAAUUAGAAGAAAUGAUUAGAUUUACAUUUAUAAUCAUGGGGGCGUUAUUACAGUUGAUGAUCGUCUGUUAUUCUGGCCAGAAAUUAAUGGAUGAAAGUCAGAAUAUAUUUCAUCGAGCAUAUGCAGCGGAAUGGUACAAAUUUUCACCAAGAUUAAAAUCACUGCUAACCAUAACUCUUUACAGAAGUAUUGUGCCGUGUAAACUGACAGCAGGAAAUUUGUUUCCAUUGUCAAUGGCAGCCUUUGCUUCGGUGGUACGAACGGGUGUUUCUUACUUCACGGCAUUGUUAUCCCUUAAAAAUUAG